AUGUUGCUUGAAGACGCAGAACAGAUCAUUACGGGCGCGCUUUUCGGUGCUGCAUUGACGACCUCUGGUGUAUUCCUUCCCUCGAUCAUUCUCGAGCAAUUCGAUCUAAAGAACUUCUACAUGCUGCAAGUCUUCGCAACAGCUGUAGGCUCAAGCGCACUGGUUAUGCUCGCACUCGAAAAACUUGGAUUCGUACAGCGUCCCGUAAAGCCCAACGCACCACUAGGCUCUCGAUGGACAUAUGGAAGUAAUCUCGUUGGUGGGGCGAUGGUCGGUACCGGCAUGGCUUUGACGGGAGCGUGUCUGGGCACAGUGCUUGUACAGUUGGCUCAAGGCAUCCCGUCUGCUAGACCAACAGCAUUGGGAGCCUUACUAGGCGGAAUGGCCUACUGCCAUGUCUCGCCCAAGAUUCUACCGCGUUUACGACCACAAGCCACAGACAUCGUCAAGCGGACAAUUCCACAAGCUGGAAUCCACGAAGGGAUCGUAUACGCUAUACUUGGUAUCAUGACCGCUGGACUACUGCUGACGUCGCAAAUCUGGCUCCCUGCUACGGGCCCAUGGUCUAGCGUCGGCGGGCUGGCUAUUGGCGGCUCACAAGCGGUAUCACUCCUGCUGACCUCGGCGCCUCUGGGCGUAUCAACAGCAUAUGAGGACGCUGGGCGUUAUAUUCUACAGACCUUUCACAUCGAUAGGAAUCCGAAACCAAGCAAGAUACCGAAGGCUAUAGUGAUUGCUGCUGCCAUAAGUGCAAGCAGUGUUGCCUUGGGUAAAGCAGCAGUCGGCGACAACUUUUCCCAUGCGCAACCACACAUCUCAGUCUGGCAAGCGCUGAUUGGAGGCUUCAUCAUGGUGUUUGGAGCGCGACUGGGAGGUGGAUGUACUUCCGGCCAUGGUCUCUCCGGCGUAAGCGCGCUGUCCAUGUCAAGUCUCGUGACUCUGGCGGGAAUAUUUGGUGCCGGAAUUCUUGUUCGCUUGCUCAUGCAAGCGACAUUGAGAAUGUGA